UUAACUAAGUUGCGGGUUUCUGUAAUGAUACUGAUGAUACACCUCUCUUUUUAAUUAGUGCUAUUAAGAGGGAUUUAAACAAAAGAAAGAAAGAAAGAAAGAAUUGGUAUAGUAAUGGAGUGGGGACAGGGAAAAGAUGGUACAAUAAAAGAUUCAGCAGUUUCAUCAUCAUCAAAGCUGCUGACUCCCGAAUUCAUUUCUUUACUAUUUUCUGUCCAGUGAGUGAAGUGAUUCCCCCGUGACUUUUAACCUACCAAAAAUAAAUAAAUAAUACUUUUGUCUGAAAAUCACAUCUGAUUUACAUCACCCCAUCACUUCUUACAUCUAAUGCUCCCCGUCUUAAUUUGUCCCUUUCCCCAGGACAAAUCACACAUAUAUAUAGAGACCAGAGUAGAUCCAUUGUUAUGACAUUGUGCAAGACAAAAGCCAGUGUUCAGGUGGUGGAAGUAAAGGAAAAAAAGAAUGCCAAGUUCAGAUUCAUUUCUGAGGCAGCUAAGUAGCAAAGAAGGAUGGAAAUCAACAUCCAAGAGGUGGGGGGUGGGUGGGGGGUGGGGGGGUUGUUUGAAGCAAAUGAAGAUGGAUAUGCAUGGAAGUGGAGAUGAAAGGGGUGUGUUUGAGUUUGUGGUGAAGAAAAGAGUAAUGGUGGUUGUGGAUCAAUCUUCACAUUCCAAACAUGCAAUGAUGUGGGCUCUUACUCAUGUUACUAAUAAGGGUGAUAUUCUCACCCUCCUCCACAUUGUUUCUCCUUCUCAUGAUUCUUCUUCUUCUUAUCUUGCUAGCACACUUGGCUCCCUUUGCAAGGCCUGCAAGCCUGAGGUUGAAGUAGAAGCACUAGUAAUCCAAGGACCAAAGAUAGACACAGUAAUGAGCCAAGUUAAGAAGCUGGAAGUCUCUGUGCUGGUCUUAGGUCAGAAGACUCCCUCUGCAUUACUCAACUGCCUGUGUUUGCCAAGCAGCAGGGAGGAGUUUGUGGAACAUUGCAUCAACACUCUGGAGUGCUUAACAAUUGGAGUCAAGAAACAGAGCAAAGGAGUUGGUGGCUACCUAAUCAGCACCAAAUGGCACAAAAAUUUCUGGCUCUUGGCUUAGAUCACUGUUUAGAUCUUAAAAGGGCUGUGGGACUAAAUGUAUUGUAGAGAAUCAGAUGAUGCGUGUAGAAUAUAUCUGGAUUGGUAUGCAUCAGCCCUGAUAACAUUACUCUGUAAUUUCACAUCCUAACUACUACUAACUAGAUCUAAACUAUUACUUAAAACUGAAUGAAUCUUUUUUCCCAGUGUAUUGUUGUCUGUUAAAUUGGGUCCCCUGCUCUUAUAGCAUAGCAGAAAUACUUGAAGAAAGAAAAAGGGCAACGACUACCCAGAUGUUUCUGUUGUUUGGAUAAAUAUGAUCAUCACUAUGGGUUAAAACAAAAGUAUAGUUCAUUGGUUAAUUUUCAGUAUGACCCCUGGUAAGUAAUCCACCAAGAAAAA